AUAGGGACAAUAUACCAUUGUAGUUUUUGGCAGAAUAAGUGGCAAUACCACAGACAAAUGGUGAUCUAUAUUGUAUCUUAAGGUGUCUCUGGACAUACCUGAUAUUCUUUCAACUUAGUUAGAUUGUUUUUGUACAUAAGCGAUAUUCUUUCUAUCUGGCAGAUGUUAACUGAAGACAUUCAAUCCUCCAUCUUAUAUAUUUUGUAUUAUCCCAGUGACCUUUGACAAAUUUCCUAUCCGUCAAGUUCGAAGUUCAUCGUUCUUUAUCACAUUUCUUACAAUACCCAUUUCCGUACACAUCGAUUUUAUUCAGGCUAGAGUUUUUUAUGUUUUUAAAAAUUAACGCGUUUUAGCCAAAUCAGUAGAUAGUAAAUAAAAUUCCUAACUCGGUUUUAACCAUAGUUUCUCAACAUGGCGCAAGCCUACGUGUUCAACGUCAUCCUGGUGAACUCCUCUUUGCCAAUAGGCCGACCGUCCGGAAUUUCGUCUGCCGGCGGAAGCCCCGUCUACUCAGUUCGGUUAUAUGAGGACUUCGAGGAGCUGACUAUGGAACGCAUUAUGGUGGAUGAGUUUCCACAAGAGCCGUUGUCUACCUUCAUGGCCAGUCCCUGUGAGUUAAUAGGAUCGCUGACCUCAAGGGGCAUCAGUGUGACUCUCAAAGAGGCCGACGAGGUAAAAGGAACGGGCACUGCCAAGCUUACCUCCUCGAUCCUGCGGCAGCUGACAGAAGCCACUUUUUCGGUUACCCAGAAAGUUACGGUGGAGCUGAUGAGUGGAAAGUAUAAAGUUGGUGUAGUGGAUCUGCUCUUUAAGAUUAGCUGUACUUGUCCGGAUGUGAACCAAAGCAUGAUUCCUUUUGGCUGCUAUGACGUGUGCAAGCCUGUGGACAACUCGAUUAACAAAAAGGAUAUUAUCUUCACCCUGGGACGCUCCGAAAAAUGUGCAACGAACUCCUGCAUCACGGAUGAGCGUCUGAUGUCGCAUGCUGGAGCGCCCUUCCAAUGUCCGCAUGUGGCGAGCCAGAAUCAGGAGCCCCAGGGCAACGUAGGUGGGGCAACCGCAGGAUGCCGUUGCUUCUUAAAGGGCAUGCAGGUGCCCCAGGAUGACGAGACGGCGAAGAAGAGGGAAAAGGCUGCUCUCAAAAAGCUCAUAGAUGAACUGGGUCUGGACAAAAUCAAAGUGCCGACUCCGCCAGGCUCACAUGAUAAGUCCCGUCGAUGGCACUGUAAGUGCAAGCCGCCAAACUCCACCUCGGACACUUCCUCCUGUGACAUCAAUGAGUUCCAACCGGAUAAGCCUCAUAAGAAGCGGAAGGCGGUGUCCUUGACCACCUCCCGGGAGCAAGCUGCUCGUCGCAAGUGUUUGGGCUCGUGUCCGGCUUUUGCACCUGAACUGAAGGAACAACCCUACAAGCCACCGCAUCUUUGCCAGCUCUGCCGUUCGGACAUAAGUUGGCUGCCAAAAAUCUCGGCUUGUCCUUACUGUGGCUACAAAACCUUCGAGGAUAUACAUCCCAGCGAGGAGCCCUACGAUCUCACGGCAACGGCACAGCAGCUGCUCAGGGACUCUCUGCGCAAGGAGUCCUGCGAACUGGGCCCCUCUCAGGAUGAGGAUGACGAGGCGAUGGGAGAUAGAAUUAAGAAAAGCCAGCUCGACGAUGAUCCCAAUGUGAGCAAGCCAUGUGGCUGCCUGGGCGGCAAGCCCUGCACUCGAUGUCGCAUCCGCAAGCUGUGUGAUAACUUCUUCAAUGAACACGAGAAUAAGGCGCAGCCUGUCACGCUGCCACAGGCUCAGCCAGGAGCUGCAACCGAACCCUUGCAACAAAAUCAGCUUAAGAAAACCAACUCCGAUGUCUCACAGCGUCGCACUCAACUGAUCUCCAUCUUCACGGAGAUGCGUAAUAUGUACAGCAAGAAGAAGGGCGCCGAUGAGGCUGAAGCAGCGGCCCAGCAGCUGAGGAAGGAAUGUGAUGCAGCCUGCCGGAAUAGCAAGUCAGCCAAGGCCCGCAGAAAGGCUAGGAAGUCACUGCAAAAGGCUCUGGACGAGAUCGACAAGGCCUAUCCCAAGCCACCCAAAGUCAGGUCUAAGAGCAAGGGUAUUCACCGCAAGAAGUCCCGAUGCUAUACCUUCUUGAAGAUUCAGAGGAAGCAAAAAGAUCCUCGCAUAGGUCAUGUGGACUGCAUCUCGGACAGCAACUAUACUGGCUAUUGCAAGGUGCCCAGCCAUAUGGGUUGGAUGUGGACCAAGAGCGAGAUGGCGCGCCACAAGUCCUGGCGUCCUGGAGCUAUUGCCCGGCCCAUCCGGCAAUUGAUGGCCUACUUCCUGAGAGAUUAUCCUGCGGAUAAUAUUUGCCUGUCGCGUUACCACUACCGCCGCAGGAGGUGCCACAAGGAUGAGGUGGAGGAGCCGUUGGUGCAACAUCCCACCCUGCACAUAAGUCGCAAGGGUGAUGAGUACAUCAUAACGCUGCGCCCUUUGAAAGAUCCCAAGACCCUGGCCUCUAGUGCCAACCCCUAUGCGGCCAUGAAGCCUGUAGUCUUCCGCAUCACCAAGGAUCCCAUUGCAGUGGGGCUCCGCCAGAUGAAAGGGAACCUGCAGGACAAGGGAUUUGCCCCGUGCACUUGUCGUCGCCCAGUGGCCAGUUGCUUUUGCCGGAGCCACGUUGAGAAGAAGCGCAUCCAGUACGAAGUGGAAAACGAAUGUCGCCAACGGGGUUGGCCAGAUAACUCCGAUACCUUCGUGUACUCCCUGGACAGCGAUGACGAUGACAGUGAUCGGGAGUACGAGUUUGGAGUCACUCCCCCGGCUGGGGUCAUAAAGCCCGAGCGGAAGGUGCGACCGGACAGGGCUAAUGUGGAGACCCAGUACAUGGACCAGGACUGGGCCGCACCCUCGAUGUAUCCUCAUCCAGCCAACUUCAUGGUCCAAUACGGAGGAUGUGUGAUGGGCGAGCGUAAGAAGAAGUUCGGCUGGCUCCACGGAAAGGGCGAUAUCCAUGCCCCUCCACCGAAGCCUCGUAUGAAGAAUCCGCCCAAGAAGAAACCCCGCAAGCAGCUGCCAUUCCGCAAUGUCGGAGGCUUUGAUGAUCCCCGUCUCUUCGACCCCACCCCUCUGAAUAGACCUUGGCACAGGUCGAAUUCCCCGGGCAGAAUGCAAAUGUAUUGAUAACGAAUCGAUCCUCUUUUAAACUCAAAAUGACUGUUUCGGCUUUUAAAUAAAGCUAGUAUUCCUAAUUUAAA